GUAGAGUUUGCAGAUACCAACUGUGGCCUUAAAAAGCAUGUUGGUAGCAUCAAUGCCAGGCAGAUGGCACAUGUGGCUGGUGGCUGCCAUAUUGACAGUGCCGUUCUGGAAGAUGGAGAGAACUAUGACACAAUAAGUUUAAUUAAAAGGUCCUAUUACUGCUGGAUUGUGCAAGAUAUUUAACCGUGUUUUCUUUGAGGUAUGACUUAAAUAUCAAACAUCUUAAAUAAGAAAAGGGAAACAUUUUAGUUUUGGAAGUCAGAAUGCCAAGGAGAAGGAAAAAUCUUGGGGGAAAUCCUUUUCGGAAGACCGCAAGCUCUAAGGAAGUUGUCGUAUCCAGUGUUGCUAGUCAUGAGGAGCCAACCACUACUCUUCCUUCCAUGUGUGAGACAAAAGUUGAUCAGGAAGAACUCUUCACCAGUAUCUCAGAGAUGUUUUCUGAUCUGGAUCCCGAUGUAGUGUAUUUGAUGCUUUCUGAAUGUGAUUUCAAAGUUGAAAAUGCAAUGGAUUGUCUAUUAGAAUUAUCUGCCUCUGAUGCCAAGGUAGAAGAAUCAUCUUCAAAAAGCUUCAUUGCUUCUGAGAGCCAAGUAAGUGCUGUGGGACGUGAAAUAAUGGAAAAGUAUCCUCCUGAAGAAGAGAGUGAAGAUUCAAAAAUGGAUUCAUUUUUGGACAUGCAGCUAACCGAAGACUUGGAUUCCUUAAUACAGAAUGCUUUUGAGAAAUUGAACUCUUCUGAUGAUCAAGUAUACUCAUUUUUGCCUUUGCAAAGUGUUAACAGUUUUAGUGACCCGAGUGCAUUUGUAAAUUCAGAUGCAAGUAGCGUGACUCCCAUUCUUUCUACAGAAAAUGUGGAUUUGAACAGUGAAAAUGUAGAGAAUUCUGCCUCUGCAUUAAGUUCAAACACUGUAACUUCACAUUCUGUUUCAGAUGAGUCCAAAAGUUGUAUAAAGGUUGACACAUUGGCAUUGGAAGAUUCUCUUCUCAGUGGUUCUUUAAAUGUAGCAAGUGACAGUAUGGUGGGUGGUAGCAAUCGUGGUCAAAGACCUAAAGAGCUUUUGGAAACUGAGUAUGUUGAGACUCCGUUCUCUCAAGCCCCUGUAGAUUUGGAUGACAGUGAACCUCAGGCUUUAAGCCUUACUGUGCAAAAUCUGGGGCUUGAUUUACUAGGUACAGGUGGGGAUCAGAAAUCUGCUUCUGUCCCUGAUAUGUUCGUACCUUCCGAAGAGUUCAAUUUCAAACCGCACAAACAUACUGAACUGCCGUCAAAGGGGAAAGAUGUGAAUUACUGCCCAGUACUUACCCCUCUCCCUCUACUGCUGCCUCCUCCUCCACCUCCACCAAUGUGGAAUCCAAUGAUUCCUGCUUUUGACCUCUUUCAAGGAAAUCAUGGCUUUGUAGCUCCUGUCGUAACCACCGCUACACACUGGAGACCUGUCAACUACACUUUUCCCCCUCCGGUUAUUUCUCACACUUCCCCAACAAAGGUAUGGAGAAAUAAAGAGGGAGCAAGUGCUUAUCAAGUACAAGAAACCCCAGUUUCUCAGGUUGUAAGAAAGAAGACAUCAUCUUAUGUUGGACUAGUUCUUCUUCUUCUCAGAGGGCUUCCAGGAUCAGGAAAAUCUUUUUUGGCAAGGACUUUGCAAGAGGAUAAUCCUAGUGGAAUCAUUCUUAGUACUGAUGAUUAUUUUUACAUAAAUGGACAGUACCAGUUUGAUGUAAAGUACUUAGGAGAAGCACAUGAAUGGAACCAGAAUCGUGCAAAAGAAGCAUUUGAGAAGAAGGUGUCUCCUAUAAUAAUAGACAAUACAAACCUACAGGCAUGGGAAAUGAAGCCAUAUGUUUCUUUGUCUCAAAAACAUAAAUAUAAAGUUCUUUUCCGGGAACCGGACACAUGGUGGAAGUUCAAACCAAAGGAACUUGCAAGGCGUAAUAUUCAUGGGGUAAGCAAAGAAAAAAUAACAAGAAUGCUGGAACACUAUCAGCGUUUUGUUUCAGUGCCAAUAAUCAUGAGUUCUUCAGUUCCAGAGAAAAUUGAACGUAUUGAGUUGUGUGCAUAUUCUUGUGAGGACAGAAGUACUAGCCCAAGAGACAAUGAAGAUAUUACCUCUGAAAAAGAAGAAAAUGUUUUAUCCUCAUCUUUGAAGCAUCUAGAGUUAACUGAAGUGAAGAAACUUGAAGGGACCAAAGAAACUAUAUUACCUGAGAAUGUUACAUAUCUGUCUAAUGCAGAUUUAAACAAAGGAAGAAGAGAAAUAAGUGGUAUGAAUCCUAACAUUCAGAGUGCUUUCAUUCAGGAAGUUUCAGACAUGUAUUUUUCUGAUUCUGAAAGCAAAGGACAAGCAACAGAAAAAAGUGAGAAAGAAGAGCAAGUAGAAAUGGCUUCUGAAAAAGAAUAUAGUAAAACUGAUGCUGAUAGUUUCGUAGAGAGAGUGUCACCAAGUAUUUGCUAUGGUGAAAAUAAUCAAGACUAUGAUCUUUCAAAUACUAUACCAUUUCAAAAUGAAAAAUCUUCACCUGGUGAAAUAUUGGAAGAAAGAGCCAUGGUAAAGAAAAAAGCCUUUGGAAAACCAAAAAGCAAAUCAACUUUGGAAAAGUUCCCAAGACAUGAGCUAUCAAAUUUUGUUGGUGAUUGGCCAGUUGAUAAGACUAUUGGUCAGAGGACAAAAAGGAACCGAAAAACUGAAAAAACUUCAUCUGUACAAAGUGACAAAAAGUAUAAUCGCCCUCAGACACGCAAAGUAUUAGAUAAUAGUCUAUCUGUGAAUAUUGAUCACAUCCAGCAGCGAGAAUCUCCACAUGAAAGUACAGAGGAGGACAAGAAAUCAGAGUAUGAUGAUGCUUCAGAAUCUUUCAGUCACUCUCAGUUUGAUCUGUAUAAAAAUACUGAAAAACAAUCAUUCAGCAUUGUGGGUGACUGGCCUUCAUCUGAUUCUUUAGCUCAGAGAGAGCACAGAUCAAGAAUGCCAAAAGACAGCUUAAAGGAACCCAACCUAGAAUUUGGAACUAAUGACAGUUUGAAUGAAAUAGCCUUCUACACAGCACAUGAGGCCUGUUGGGGCACAAGCCCUGAAGAACUAAAAACACUGGGUAGUUCCAGUUCUACUUUAGGAAGUUCUGAAUCGCUAUCCAGUGAAAUGGCCUGUGAGAAUAAAACUUGUCCAAGUAAAAAGAUUCAUAGACAAAACACAUUGUCUCUUACUUUUACCAAUAGUGGGCCAACUAUUCCUGGAGUAGUAGGACCACAAACUUUAGCAGAAUUUCCAGAAGGAAAACUUAAGAAAGUCCCUGGAAUAGAAGAAGGCAUGUGUACCCAGACUGAACCACAGGAUUUUGCUCUCUUAUGGAAAAUAGAAAAGAAUAAAAUUAGUGUUUCAGAUUCUGUGAGAGUAUUAACCGGACGAUUAGAUGGAUUUAAACCAAAAGCUUUCAAUAUUAACACAAAAUUAGACAUUCAAGAAACAAUUCCAUAUAGGGUAAUGUAUGAUAAAAGCACAUAUGUUGAAGAAAGUGAGCUCACCAGUGCUGAUGAAUCUGAAAAUCUUAACAUUCUUUGUAAACUCUUUGGGUCCUUUUCAUUAGAAGCCCUAAAAGACUUAUAUGAGAGGUGUAACAAAGAUAUUAUUUGGGCUACAAGCCUUUUGUUGGACUCUGAAACUAAAUUAUGUGAGGAUACUGAAUUUGAGAAUAUCCAAAAAUCAUACGACGAAGCACAAAUUGGGCCGUUUUCUCUGGGAUUAAAUUUGAAGGAAAUUAUUAGCCAAAGAGGAACCUUGGAGGAUUCUAUUUCUUCUGUGCCAGAAUUUGGCCAUGGCACUGUUGUCAGUAACACUAAUGUGCAGUCUACCUGUGAUUCAGAAAAGGGACACUCAGAGCAGGCAGAAAUAAGAGCUAUCACUACUGAAAAACCAGGAUUCAUAACAGAUUUAUUUCCUAAUGCCACUACAGAUCUAAAGAAUACUAAUGAAGUACUUCCUGGUAGUCAAGCAGAACUUCCAGGUUUAUAUAACAUUAAGCAGCCUUUUCCAGGGACUCUAAAAGCUGCUACUGCUAACGAUGUGAGGGACAUGGAGAAGAACCUAGAAGUCACAGAGAUUGGAGACAGUAUACAUUCUUCUUUGAAUUUGUCUGAUGUUUUAAACUCUGUAUCGAGCACUUCAAAUUUGGAGUUAAAUGAAGAAGUUGAUUUUACUGACUCUUUUGAAAUAAAGAAAAAUGAAAAUCUUCCUAAGACUUAUGUGAAAUUUCCAAACACUGAAGAAUUUAUGAAUGAAGAUGAACAGGAAAUGGAAAAAAUUCUAAUGGCUGAGAGUACUUUGUCAGCUGGAGUUAGUGAAGAAGAUAAAACUGAGAUGUUGAAUCCCAUGCCAAUGAUGGCCAAAUCUCUGACCAUAGACUGUUUGGAAUUGGCAUUACCUCCUGAGCUGGCUUUUCAGCUCAAUGAAUUAUUUGGCCCUGUUGGUAUUGAUUCAGGGUCUCUAACAGUUGAGGAUUGUGUGGUUCAUAUAGAUCUGAAUCUGGCUAAAGUGAUUCAUGAGAAAUGGAAAGAAUCUAUAAUGGAGCGACAAAGACAAGAAGAAGUAUCCUCUGGCAAGUUUACGCGAGAUCCUUCCCUGGUUGGGAGUAUUGGUCUUGAUAAUCCUGAACAAAAGUCAUCUCAGAGAACAGGCAAAAAAUUACUGAAGACUUUAGCAGCACCUGAACUGCUACCCUUAUUGGAUCAUUGGAACACUCAAACUAAAAAAGUGUCACUCAGAGAAAUAAUGUCAGAAGAAAUUGCCUUACAGGAAAAACAUGAUUUGAAAAGGGAGGCACUUAUGUUUGAAAAAGAUUGUGCCACUAAACUAAAGGAGAAGCAGCUUUUUAAGAUAUUUCCAGCUAUUAACCAAAAUUUUCUGGUGGACAUUUUCAAGGACCACAACUAUUCAUUAGAACACACAGUCCAGUUUCUAAACUGCGUUCUUGAAGGAGACCCUGUGAAAACAGUUGUAGCGCAAGAGUUUGUUCAUCAAAAUGAGAAUGUCACUUCUCAUGCUACACAGAAGUCUAAGGAGAAAAAGGCCAAGAAAUCGAAAGAGACUGAAGAUAUACCAAGUGAACCAUCUUUCCAGGAUUUUGAGUAUCCAGAGUAUAAUGACUACAGGGCAGAGGCUUUCCUUCAUCAACAGAAGAGAAUGGAAUGCUACAGCAAAGCAAAAGAAGCUUACCGGAUGGGGAAAAAACACGUUGCCACGUUUUAUGCCCAGCAGGGUAGUCUCCAUGAGCAGAAGAUGAAAGAAGCCAAUCACCUUGCUGCCGUGGAGAUCUUUGAGAAAGUCAAUGCCUCCUUGCUGCCACAGAACGUUUUAGACCUCCAUGGGCUGCAUGUGGAUGAAGCUAUAGAACAUUUGAUGACAGUUUUACAGCAGAAAACUGAAGAAUUUAAGCAGAAUGGUGGUAAGUCCUAUCUCUCUGUGAUUACGGGGAGAGGAAACCACAGCCAAGGAGGAGUUGCUCGCAUCAAACCAGCCGUCAUUAAAUACCUCACAAGCCAUAGCUUCAGGUUCUCUGAAAUUAAACCAGGGUGCUUGAAAGUCAUGCUAAAGUAAAAUAAACGUCCUUGACUUAGAAGUGUGAAGGUUUGUAGGUUAGUUUUAUUUACAGUAAUUUAGUCAAUUUUACUGUACACAUGUAUUUUAUUAGAAAUGUCCAGUUAUAACAAAAACAUUAUAAUGAUGUUUUUCAGAAUUCAAGAGAAGUUUAAUUUUUUACUGAAUCAAAUGCCAAAUACGUUGUCUGUUAAAAAUACUGAAGAGAAUUUUUAUUGAUUAUAAAGUGUCCAAGAAAAUUAUCAGCUGUGGUUUUAAAGUUUGAAGUGCUCUGAUUCUUUUUCAGAGAGAAAAUGUUACCUUUGUGUUAAUUGUUGUUAACAUUUAGUAAAAUCCAAAAGGCAUCUUUGAGAGGCAUUUAAAGUGCUUUGAGACCUGGUUCAUGCCCAUCAAAGGCUUGUAUUAAAAGAAGGAGAAGUAGUGGUAGUAGUAAUGAAAGAAAGGAAAUGUAACAAAAGCACUUGAAUGCUUUUUGAUAUCAAAGCUAAAUACAAAAAAUCAUUUCAUUUUGCCAUAUCCUGCAGGAAGAAAGACAUGCUGUUUGUACUUUCUUCUGUUUUGUAUAUGAUCUUGAUCUCUUACCUUUUGUUCGUUUGUUCUGUAUGUGUGCAUUUUCUAGGAGGAAAGUUGGAGCCUGAGAUUAUAUUGCAGUUUUAUACCUUCUGUAGGCAGUAAAGUUUUUAGAGAAGAUGAAAUGGUUAGAUAUCUACAAGUAUCAGUGUCUUAAUAGAACUGCUUCUAGGGCUGUCUGUGUAAGUGGUAUUUAAGACAGUACUAAAGAGCUAUAUUUUAUAUUUGAGUCAUAUAAUUUCUAAACAGUAGUGGGUCAAGAGCCUAUUAACUUAAAUGUAGAAGACAUUUUUGAUAUAAUCUUUAAAGGAAUCCUUACAAUUUAAAAGUUUUUUACCUUUGUUUUUUAAAAAAGAGCCAACUUUCUGAAAGGAAACUUUCAUUGACUUUGUUUUGUGUGAGCUAAAAAGUCCUGUUAGUAUGUCAACUAUAAAAUGUAAAUUUCAUUUAUACACGUUUAAUGUGGUAAAGUGUAGUUUUUCAGUAUAAAACAAUGGCUUAAAUAAAUUUGUCUUUGGAUAUGGAGAAUAUUUCCAACAUAUGUAAUUCAACAAACAGUUGUGUUGGAUUUUGAUAAGCUUAAACAUCAUUUGGAUCAGGAAUUAUAGGGUUGAGCUAUUACUGAAGGAAUCCUGAACUACAGAAUGGUUUCUCAAAAGAACAGACAUUUUAAUGAAAAUAAAACUCAAAAACACAUUUUUGCAUAUCAUGAAAGCAUGCUUUUAAAAGAAGACCUGUAUCAUUACAUUUAUUUUCACGAAAAUAAAAUGUUUAUUAUUUAGAAAUGAUUAGUGAGUGGUAUUGAAAUAUUUUCUCAUGGUUGUAAUAAUUUGUUUAAAAAAGAAAAAAUGCCACCAGUUUAGCAUAUGUUUUUUGUAAUGUCUAGAGGAGUUGUAUACAUUAAAAAUAAAGCAAUUCGUUUCAAGAACUUACUAUAAAACUACAACUGUUAAUGAAGUAAAAUGUUUUUAUGUAUAAAUUAAUAUGAUUUAAGGAAUGUGAAUAAUAGUACUAAAACCUGGGGUUACUUGAGGGUGUGCAGCUGCAUACUCAUUUUCCAUGAUUUUAUAUUUCCUCACCCAGUUUAAAAAAGCACUGCUUUUGAGCACUUCAGCUAGAUUUAUUUCAGUAUUAUUGUAAUUAUGAUUAGUGUGGGAGCAGUCAAAAAGAACAAGGGAUGAAGUGUUUUGUGGGCAGAAACCAAAUGAAAGAAGCUAUGUUUUCUGCUGUAUCAACCUUAAUGUUAGGCUUUAUUUUGGUAAAUCUAAGGUAUUUUUUCUUCGUCAUAUCAUUCAUAAGUAUAUAGGCAAAUUUUGAGCAUGAUAUGUGCUUUUAUGAAGUUGUUUUAAUCCUAAACUGCCUCCCACCUCACUGUCUAGCAUAGUUUAAACAACACAUAAUUAUGAAAGAAAAAUUUUAUAGUUUCUCCUUUCUUGUUUUGCCCAUUUCUAAAUCCUAUAUGCCAAAGGUAAACAUAGUUUGGGGAUUAUCAAAUUUUUCUCUUGCUCUUUUCCAAGCCCUGUGUGUCAAAAGUAAGGAGAGUGUGUGGAUUAUCAACAUCUUCAGGUAUUGGUAUAUUAGUGCUAAUACAGGUCUAAUUAGAAUGGCUCUUUGCAAAUGUAUUAAUAUUUUAAAAGUACAACACUUCUGUAGUUUGGAAGGUUUUAGUAACUGUUCUGUCUUUUCACUAGUCUCUCAUCUGUGUCUACCAGGAGAAAAAAGAGAACUAAUGUGGAAACCACAGGGAACGAGGGGUUAGACUUAGGAAACUCUUCAACAGUAUUUUCAAUUCAUCCACUUCCUUACUUCAACAUGAGUUAUGGAAGCAUGUUGUCUUAGGUUUAUUGGCUGUUCAUAUAACUCAUACUAUUUUCAAGUUGAGGUUUUUUUCAAUUUAUUAGUGUUUCCAUACUAUUUGCAAUUCUAUGGCCUUUAUGCGGCAUAUUAUGUAGUAGAAAUUCUGACUUAUACUUUAAAGUGUCUUGUUUAUUCAAUACAUUUUGAGAAGAAAGGUUAAAUAAUUCUGUUGGGUUGUUUCGAGUCCUUAUUUCAGUCUUUUUCUUUUUAAAUUCAAGUGUUUUGUGUGCUUAGAAAGCGGACAUAUGUAAUAGCGAGAUUGGUUAUUUCUGAGCUGGAAAUCGGAAACUUUGAGACUCAGGAAAUUGCUCUGACAAUGUUUUAACUGCUCUCAAUUUAAGAAAAUGACAAAAUGUAUAAAAAAGACACAAAAAUAAUGUGUGCUGUUUUUUCCAAGUGCUUUCCUAAGUGCUUUUCCAUUGUGCAGUGAGGUGAAGUUUGAUAAUUUUCUGUGUAGUGGUUAAAUAUUGCUUAUUUUUAUUUACAUGGUAAAGAAAACAAAUUUAAAUGUUUGUGUGGCCAAAAAUAAGUGUCAUUUAAAAGGUUAAGUGAAUUUAUGUAGAAUGUAUGUUAAUGGUGCUUAUUUUUAAAAUGUAAUUCAAGUUUACAGUAUUAUUAAAUAAAGCCUCUUUAUAGAAUUUAGUAGAGAAACAAGGCCGGAAGACAUGUACAUCCCGAAGAGCCUUUUAUAACUUAACAUUAUAGAAUGACAAAUUUUAUUAUUUUCCUUAAAGUUGAGCAGUUGCUUUUUAUGGUCCAAAUGGUGAACCUGUUAUUAACAAAUGAUUGAUUUAACCAUGAAACUUCUCAUUAAAAUAUAAUAUUGCAGCUAUCAGUUGGAGAAUAUAUUAUAAAAUUUUCAGACAGUAUAUCAGAAAUGAGAUGUUUUUAUUUGUACUAUAAAGAAAAUGUAAUUUUGCUGUUAACUCUGUACUUUUUUAUUGAAAAUGUUUUAUAACUUUGCUUUUAAAAUUUCUUAUGAAACCAUUUGCAGAUUACAUACUUAAUUUAAUAAAAUACUUUAGCCACA